AUGCCUCGGGGGGUUCAACUCCAAAGGAAGAAGAAGAUCCUCAAGCAGCGAUUGAAGGUCCCUCCUGCUCUCAACCAGUUCUCCAAAACCCUUGACAAGAACCUCGCUACUAACCUAUUCAAGAUGCUUCUGAAGUACAGGCCUGAGGACACAGCUGCAAAGGAGCGUCUUGUGAAAGGGGCUCAAGCUGAAGCUGAAGGAAAAACUCCUGAAACACAGAAACCCAUCAUCGUGAAGUAUGGGCUUAAGCAUAUAGCUUACCUUAUUGAGCAGAACAAAGCUCAGUUAGUAGUGAUUGCUCAUGAUGUCGACCCAAUAGAGUUGGUCGUCUGGCUUUCUGCACUAGUGCACAAGAAAACUGCUUCAGCUGUGUUUGACUACAGUGAAGAAUGA